AUGGCUACCGUAUCUCCCACGGCGCCUCCGAACGUCGAAGCACCGCGAACACCGGCCUCACACGUGAGCCGAGCCAGGCGUCAGGCAUCAACACGCCAACAUACGCGCGGUGGCAGCCACGGCGCGACCGGCGCUGCAGCGGUGGUGGUGUCGCCGCACUCGUCCGCUUCCCUUCAGCAGCAGCAGCGCAGCCCGACACAGCGUCAGCAUCACCACCACCACCACUACAACAGUCGCUACAACCACAACCACCACCACCAAACUCCCGCUGGCCAGCGCUCCCCGACUCAGCCGCAGCAACAGCGGCAGCUCAACGGCAACAGCAGCGGCCACCACCGUUAUGAUUACCACCGGUCACCGCCGGCGUAUGCGGAUCUGACGUUGACGCCAGCGUCCACAACAGGCUCGCCGUACGUCAGCGGGGGCAUCGUGACCCCGUCGUUCUCGCCGCUGUCGUCACCGCCGUUUCCGCUGCGGCGCCAACUGCCGCCCACGCAUGGCCGCUAUCGCUCCUCCUUGCCGGUGCCUCCGCCGCUGCGCAGUCUGCCCACGCCGACCGCGCCGACGAGCAUGACGAUGACGACGACCAUCACCAGCAACAACAACGUCAGCCGCGAAGAUGAUGAAGAUGAAGAAGAUGCUCAGCAGCAGCAGCAGCAGCAGCAGCAGCAGCGAAAUGCGGAGCCGAGUCGGCGUCGUGGUCUCCCGCCUCCUCUCAGUGUCUCUGCCCACACGUACCAUCAACAACAACAGCACAGCAGCAGCGGCAGCGGCGGCAGCCCUAACAUAGGGACGCAUCACGGCUACACGCAGCGGUCUGUCCGUCAAGGGAUGUACCACCGAACCACGAAUCAAAAAGCGGCGGAGGUGGAGGUAGAGGAAACGAACAACGGCUUGACGACGCCGGUGGAUCAGCGAAUCCCUGCGAUGGUGCCGCCAUCCUACGACGCCUACAACCUCAAAAGCCCUGCGCACGGUGCAGCGGCUGCUUAUCGCGGGACACGAUAUGAGAACAACCUCAGCAACAAUCGUAUGAUGGCUGCUGCCGCUGCUCCUGCUGCCGGCACGACGGCGACGGCAGCGAUGGAGGCCACCUUCGCCCGCUACCCGAGCAAGGCUGCGUUUACGCUGAAGGCUCUGCAGCCUCAGGUGGCGUGUACGCAGGUGCGCGCCCGCACGACGCGCCAUAAGACGGCGGUUCUGCCUGGCGAGCCGGAUUCGUCUAGCGCGUUUCGACGCGUCAGUGAGACACCGGCGGUGCACCAAGAACGCGUCCGUGUGGCAGCAGCGACGCCAGCGGACGACGCGAUGGCUGCUGGGUACGUUGCGCCAGCCGAUCCGCAGCGAGGUCGCUCGCCAGCUCGCGCGCGCAGUGCGGUGACGACGACGAUGUCGUCGUCGGCAGUGAACCCACCCCGUCAAGUCGGCUGUGGUGUUGGCGCAAAGGAAGAGGAGGAGGAGAAGGAAGAAAACGAUGCUACCCCCUGUCGUGCUGCCUUUGGAAGUCGCUGUGGCAGCUACUACGGCAGCUACGACGAUGGUGACAACCCGCGUCGGCAUCAUCAUCAUCAGCAGCAGCAGCACCAACGCACCGGCGGGGUGUCGCCGGCGGUGUCGGAGUGGCGCUCGCCGAGCAGCAUCGCACGCGGAGGUAGAGGCGAAGGAGUGGGGAUGGGCGGGGCGUGGCUGAAGAUCUCCUCCAGCAUCGAUGCCUCCGCCUUCGACAGCAGCGGCGGCAGCAACGACGGCUUCGGCCACCCCGGCCCGCUCACCACCUCCGUCGUCGCCUUCCAUUCCACAUCCUCCGUGACACCCUUCACUACCCCAGCGCGCGCAACGAUGAAAACGACGAACACCACCAUCGCCACCACGGCGGCAGCAGCAGCCCAGCAGCUGCGUUUGGCGUCUGUGGAAGAGGAGUCGUUGCUGUUGAGUGGACAGUGCUGUAGCACGCCGCGUGCGUUGUGCCCGCCACUCCCGUCCUUUCCUGUUGCUGCUGCUUUUCCUUCCGCUUCGGGUGCCGCGGCGGACGGUGCUCCCACCGGACGAGCGGCAACGCACGGGAUGGCCGGCCCCAUAGCGUCAGACGCGCCUCCCGGUGGAAGACGGCCGCUGCCACCACCGCCGCGGUCACCGGUGCCGACGGUGGCGCUCUCGUGGGGUGCCGCGGUGCCGCAGCAGGCGGAGCGUGUGAACGCACCCACAUCCACCACCGCAUCGACGGCGGCCACUGCAGCCGCCGCCGCGACGACCACCCACACCAACACGACGAGCACGUCGACGACGAUGAUGGGCGGCGCGGUGCCCUCCGUGCUGCUCUCGCCGCCGUUUGCGACGACCACGAUCGACACCGACCACCCGACGGCGCGGCUGCGUUAUCUCCGCGACGCCAACUUCCUGAUUUCAGUUGGGGAGGAGGAGGAAGAAUGUGAGGAGGACGGCGGGAGAGGUGGAGUAGCGGCAGCAGCAGCGGCGGCGGCCUCCGAUGUGUCUGCGUCGUCGGUGUACUGCAGUCCGCAGCAGCUGCGCGGACACGAACGGCUGCGCCUGUCGCUCGAAGGCAGCAUCGGCAGGAGUGCGAUGGCGACCCCCGUCGACGUCUGCGCACCACCACAGCGGGUGCACCGGGGUCUGACGUACGACCUCGGCAGCAGCAACUACGAUGUGCCGGCAACCAUGACGCCGUCGUCCACCAACAACAACUGGCCGACGGCCAUCUUCACCUCGUCGCUGCAAACGCCAGAUGCCACAACGGUCACGACGUCGGCCACGACCACGGCGUACGGCUUCGAUGGCUGGUGCUCACCGAUGCAGUGGAACCCGCGUCAGGCACGCGAUGACAUCGAAAUGUUCGCGGCGAAGGAGGCCGCUCAGUUUGCGGUGGCACAGCACCGUCGUACCACCGCAGCUGUGCCUUCGAUCUCGUGUACUUCGCCCUCGCUGCUCGACACUAACAGCAGCAACGGUGAUAUCGGCCACGUGGUAGUGCUGCAGCGCACAGGUCUGCGUGAGCCAUCGCUCGGGCACCUCAGCGCUGCGUCGCACGUCGCACGUGUCGCCGGUGCUGUGGGGGCGUCGUCAUCGUCGUCGUGCGUGCUUCCGGCGUGUGUGGCGCAUCGCUCGCCGGAGAAUGGCCGGUGGGCCGUCCACGCGCGAGAUGGGGAGAAAUACUCCGCUGCUCCGAGUCGAUUCUCCUAUCCACCCCUACAGCAAGAUGAACACCAGCAACAGCAGCAACGCGAGGCGAGGGAAGAAGCGGAGGCGGAGUGGAUUGAGUUGCUCCUGCACUACCGCGAUCGUGAAAACGAAGGAAGCCGCAUACGACACGCGUUGGAAGACGCGAUGGGGUCACCUCCGCUUGCUGCUACAACACCGGCAGCAGCAGCAGCGGCAGCAGAGCCGAUCACACCACCAUCCGCUGCUGCUACUCCCACCACGACCACCGCCACUGCUGCCGCCGAUACAGCGACACCGUUGCUGACGAGCGCAGGAGAGCAAGACGGCGCUCGUGGCAGUGCGGCGGCGGCAGCCACGCUCGCCUGGUGGGCAACCUCGUCCAUCAUGCGCAACGGCUUCUCGUCCUCUUCACGUUAUCCGUACACCCAGCAGCAGCAGCAGCAGAGUGCGGCGGUGUUUUUAUCUUCUUCCUCACCACCGCCGGCGCCGCUUUGUGCGGCGAUGUCCGCCCCCGCAGCAGGCCGAACCGUCGCGUUACAGGUGCGGCGACAGCUGCGGCUGCAGCGCGAAGCAAGUCGAAUGCACAAGUGGGCGUACUUAGCAGCGCGCCUGCCGAUGUACCCCCCGCGGAGGGAAGAAAGUCUGCGUUGA